AUGUAGCUCUACUCAUUAGCUGUUCCCGGGAGAAUCAAAUUAUUAUUUUAGUUUAAUGCUGUUGUCGUGAUAUGAAAAUUUACUUUCCUACUUAAGAACAUUCUAGAAAAAUUAUUAUAUGACAAUUUUGUGCAAAUUGACAAGAUAAGUUUACUAAAGCAGCGGUGUUUUUGGACUAAGAUAUACAUACCCAAUUUAUAUAAUCAUGGGAGAAGGUCCUGAUCCUGUGCCGAACGGUCAGGACAAUUCUGCAAUGCCCGACAUAGAUAAAUCGUAUAAUGGGACAUGCACCUGCCCUCUGGCGAAAGACCACGCGGAGAUGCGGCUGGCUCAUACGGAGCGGCUACCCAUGAGGGCGCAAGAAGCUUACAAGCUCGUCUUCCAGCAAGAGAAGUUCAUGCUGGACGUACUGGCCUCCAGGAAGGCUACCAAUUACGCGGCUACACCGUGGUCUCCAGAUCCCCAGUCGAAGUUGCCACGACGAAGCAUCACCUACGACUGCCCUAUUCCUCUCACGAGCAAGAUGUCCCACUGCUCUGAAACUCAGACGAUGUCUAACCUAACCCGAGCUGGAGAAGUUUACGUGGUUACCAUCCAUUAG